GGGAGUGGUCCCAGCUCCUAUAUAGCACUCUCUGUUUAGUCACUGAAAAGAGCAGAAAGACUUGCUGAAGCAGCCGGAGACAUGGACACAACAGGAAAAGUGAUCAAAUGUAAGGCGGCUAUAGCAUGGGGACUACACAAACCACUCACGAUUGAGGAAAUUGAAGUUGCACCCCCAAAAGCUCAUGAAGUCAGAAUAAAGAUUUUGGCAUCUGGUAUCUGUGGCUCAGACCUCAGUGUACUGAAAGAUAAACUUAGUGGUGUUAAAUUUCCAACUAUUUUGGGCCAUGAAGCCAUUGGCAUUGUUGAAAGUAUCGGUAAGGAUGUAACUGUCGUUAAACCAGGUGACAAAGCAAUCCCAUUGUUUGUACCUCAGUGUGGACAAUGCAGAGCUUGCAAGACUCCAAACUGUAAUGUGUGUGAAAAAAAUGACUUUACUACCAAAAAAGGGCUGAUGCAAGACAAUACCAGCAGAUUUACAUGCAAAGGCGAACAAGUCUAUCAUUUUAUGAGCACAAGUACUUUCACAGAAUACACUGUUGUGCCUGACAUAUGUGUUGCCAAAGUGGACCCUGCUGCUCCUGUUGAAGGCUGCCUUAUUGGCUGUGGAUUUGCUACUGGAUAUGGUGCAGCAGUGAACACCGCUAAGGUUACUCCAGGAUCUACAUGUGCUGUGUUCGGUUUAGGAGGUGUGGGGUUUUCAGCUUUGAUUGGCUGCAAAAUCGCUGGUGCAGGUCGGAUUAUUGGAGUUGGCUCACAUAAGGAUAAAUUCCCAAAAGCCAUAGAGUUGGGAGCCACCGAAUGCUUGAGCCCAAAGGAUUAUGACAAACCAAUUCAAGAGGUCAUUAGAGACAUGACUAAUGGCGGAGUGGAUUUUGCCUUUGAAUGCACUGGGUAUAUUGAAACAAUGAAAACUGCCUUUGACUCAACUUAUUUAGGCAAUGGGGUCACCGUGGUGCUUGGAGUAGCAGGUCCAGAUGAUAGACUUUCUUUUCAUCCUGGUGAACUUUUGUUUGGACGUACCAUGAAAGGAUCAGCAUUUGGAGGUUUUAAAAGCAGGGAUGAAGUACCAAUGCUGGUUUCUGAUUAUAUGGAAAAGAAAUUUAACCUUGAUUUCAUGGUGAGCGAAAGAAUACCAUUGGAAAAAAUUAAUGAAGCAUUUGAAUUGAUGCAAAGUGGCAAAGGAGUGCGGAACAUUAUUAUUUUCUAAUGCAUUUCUCAUGUGAAGUCCACUACAUUGCUGCAUCCUGACAUCCUGAUAUGUAUUAUUGUUUCAAUGCUACUAAUUAAAAAAGUAUGGUGAUGAUAGAUAAUAUAAUGAUGCAAUGCAACAUCAACAACAACAAUCUUAACAUGAUGGGGAAAAGAAAUUAAAAGAAAGCAUUUGAAUUGGCUGAUAAUUGAUUUUGCUUAUAUGAAGAAAUGUCUAUGUAUUUUAUAUUAUGUUAUCUUAGAAUAAAAAAAUCUUUACUACCA